AUGUUGAAUGUUGAGACUAGCCCUCUUAGAGAGGAUGAGAGGCUACAUUGCCUCGAGGAAGCUCUAGAGAAGAUGAAGAAGAAGGGGGUACUUGACCGUAACCUGGAUCUUAACUUGAUAGGUAUGCAUCAAGAAGCUAGGAAGGAGGAGAUCAAUGAAUCUGUCCCAGACGCGAAACCUUUCGACGCCAACCCUCAUUUCCUCGAUCUCAUCCUCCUCUCCGAUUCAUCUCGCAAUGAAUCUGUCCCAGACGCGAAACCUUUCGACGCCAACCCUCAUUUCCUCGAUCUCAUCCUCCUCUCCGAUUCAUCUCGCGUUCCGGCUUCCACUGGCGACCGCAAGAUCAAAAAGAAGACCGCCGCGGCGACUGCGAAACCAAAUGGGAAGCCCCCUGCUUCUUCUCCGAUCCAGGGCAGCCAAUCAGAAAAAGAACAGGGCAUACUGACUUUGUGGAUUAAGACAACGGAGACGGUAAAACCUAUCAGCUUGGGAGCUCCUAAGCCUGCUAUGGAGAUAGACAACCCCGAUGGUAGCAGUGGAAGUGGAGAUGCUGCUGAAGAGAUGGUUGUUCCACAUGUCGACAAAAGCAUUUUCGAGGAACUUGAAGCGAUGGGAUUCCCUAAAUCUCGUGCUACCUGA